AACCCUAAUGACCCUAACGAUACUAGUGACAUUACUAUACUAGUAAAUACUGCAUUGGACCUCCCAUCUGAACCUAUCAACACAGAUACCCUCUUAGAUACCUUUCUAAUCAAAGAACCAGAAAUUGACUCAACCUUGAUCACCACUCCUCCCAAACCAGAAACUAAACCAGACACUGAAGUUUACCAAAAAGUUUGA